AUGGACACCGCUAAUUGGCCACCUUUGAAGAACUCAGCCGAAGAGACCAGCCAAGUACGACUAAAUAAAGAUGUGAUCUUAAAGGCCCUAAAAAGAGACCAAGAUAAGCUCUUGAAUCCACAAACACAACCAUUUACCAGUCUAAAGAAUGCUUAUGACUCUCUUCUGCCUUAUCACCUCUUCCUCUCGCCUACUUAUGAUGACCUCAUCUAUCAGACCGUUAAAAGAGAGCCAAAACCAAGUAAUACUCGAGCGACUCUGCAAGCUCUAGGAGAGAUACUCUUCCGGCAAGAGUCUUCUAUUGAUGAGUUAGCCGUUAUGGAAGAACGUCUUAGAGUUGAAGAGGAAAGAUACUAUCUUAAUAAGACUAUCAACUAUCGUAAAACCAAAAUCAAAGAGAUAGAAGAACGAAUAAUAAAUCAAUAA